GGGUAACUGCAUGUCAGGAUGGCAACUUCAAACCUGGAGAACCAGCUGCAGAGUGCCCAGAAGAAUCUGUUAUUUCUCCAGCGAGAACAUGCCAACACGCUGAAGGGCCUGCACGCCGAGAUCCGCCGCCUGCAGCAGCACUGCACAGAUUUAACCUAUGAGCUGACUGUAAAGAGUUCAGACUUGUCAGGAAUCGGUAGUUCAAGAAGCGAUGAACUCAAAAGAAAGUGUGAAGAUCUUGAAGCUCAGCUGAAAGCCAAAGAGGCUGCAAAUAAUGAAUUAUUGAAAGAACUUGAACAAAAGAAUGCCAUGAUAAUGGUGCUGGAAAACACUAUUAAAGAAAGAGAAAAGAAGUACUUGGAAGAACUAAAAAUGAAAAGCCAUAAGCUCAACAUGUUGUCAAGCGAACUAGAGCAGAGAGCGAGCACUAUUGCUUAUUUAACUUCUCAACUGCAUGCUACUAAGAAGAAGCUGAUGAGUUCAAGUGGGACUUCGGAGGGGACCCCUUCUGGCAGCCCCGUCCUGUCCAACUAUAAGCCGUCCCCCCCCAAAGAUAAACUGCCCGAGACUCCACGGCGCAGGAUGAAGAAGAGCCUGUCAACACCGCUCAACCCCGAGUUUGAAGAGGCCUACAGAAUAGGGUCGGAGAGCCGGAAGCUGCUGCUCCGAGAGCCCGUGGAUGCUAUGCCCGAUCCCACGCCCUUUCUGCUGGCCAGGGAGACGGCGGAGGUUCAUCUUAUUAAGGAGAGGCCGUUAGUUAUUCCGCCGAUCGCCUCCGACCGCGCAGGCGGGGAAGCGCAGAGCCCCGCCCGAGAGAAGCCGCACAAGGCGCACAUCGGGGUGGCGCAUCGCAUCCACCACGGCGCGCCCCCCCCGCCGCAGCCCCAGGUCGAGACGCUGGCGGUGGAUCAGGUCCACGGCAGCAAAGUGGUCAGAAAGCACUCAGGGACGGACAGGACUGUCUGAGGAAAGUCACUGAACCGCUCUACUCUGUUGCUCUUUAUGCACUGUGAUCCUGUAGGAUAAAUAGCACCUGCAGUAAAGUUUCUUUUGAUGCCCCAUGCAUGCCAAACUUCUUCCAGAUACAUCAUGAAUAAUUACGCUCCUCUAACGAAACCCAGUAGGACUGUGUUCAUACGGCAAGGUGUAUAACUACUCGAUGCUGUGGCCAAAUCAGGGGUUCCUGACCGCUUGCUUCUGAGCACUGCUCCAUGUAUUGUAACUACACCUGUGGACAAAGGCACAAGGCUGCAGGCUGCGUUAUUAAUCGAUAUUAGUGAAAAUGAACUUACCUGUAAACCUGCAGCGAUACGUAUUGGCUGUUGACGUUUGAACUCUCAGUGGUUCUUUUGUCUUCACUGUGUGUGUGAGCACUUCAUACACAACACUCGCCUCCAGGACAAAGCCCUUCGCACCGUAGCAUUGAAAAUAUUGCAGACGUACGUACACUUCAGAAUGAACCAAGGACAUCUUUUCCCUCCCGGGCACGUGCUCUCGACUGCAAAUUGUGUUCAUAGUUUUUCUUUCUCAAAAUCCUGAGAGUCCCAGCAAGUGUUACUUGAUUAAUCCUAAAUGCUUUGGUUUGUGGCUUUAAGUAAAAAAAAUUUUUUAAAAAGGGGGGGCGGGGGGCAUAGAGCACUCUCUUAAAGGGUUAGUGAUCCUCACAGAAAGAGUAUGAACACUGGGUUGGUUGUGGGGGGUUUUUGUUGUGUGUUUCACGUUUGUUUUAACCUGAAUGGCUCCAUGACACAUCUCACACUAGUCAGUACUCUGCACUUGUAGCACCUUCCACUCUGGCUCAGAGCUCCUUUUCCAGGGAGAAAAUGUAACUGGCUAUCCAAUAUGGAAAUGGUUCUUUAUGCUCUAACCUGCACUUUUUUUUGUAAAGGGAUUAUUUUUGUGUCCUGAAAAACCUUAGUCUUGUUCUGGGAAUCAGCAGACAGUGCUGGCUUCUGCCAGCUUAGAAACCUGAACUGUCCCUCUAAAAUGUAUUUAACCUUAAGUGAUGUAACUGAUUCACAGAGGAGGAGAACCUGGCGUCCUUCACUUUUAUCCUCGUGGAUUGGAAUGGACUUGCCUUGCACUUGCCCCAAUUCCCCUACUCCUUCCUAGUAAGCAACAGGUAGACCUGACAGCUGUUAAGACAACUUGAUUCUUUUUUAAUUAUUUUUUUCCUAGGAGAGAAAGGCAUACCACGAGCUGUGAGAGCAUGUAACUUUGGGAAAGGAGCACAAAUUUGACCAUUUUUUUCUUAAAUUCUGAUCAGCGCCUCCAGCUCACCUCUGCUUCACUCUUGUCUGCAGCCUCUGAGUAGGACCAGCAAGAACCAACGGCUCCCAAAUGCUGCUAAGCUUAUGAUGUGCCUUCAAAACCUCGGAACGCGUGAGCUCUCUGAAAGCUGGUGAAGGAUCCCUGCCCGCCCUCUUCCCUUCCCCUUGCCAGCUGUAGUCUGCCCCCCCUUAAGCUUUUUCUGCAGCUGUGUUGGUGUGUGUCUGUCUGGCAGGGUGACAGAAGCUGUUUUUCCCGUGCGGUGUGGUGGCCCGGAGGGGGGGUUUGAAGGUCCACUAGCCCCGUGGCCACCUGCCCCUGUGCACCCUCACCCCUGGCAAGGCCGAGAGAGGCUCUCCUGCGCCAGGCCUUGCCAGCUGGGGGUAGGGAGGAGCUGCGUGCCUGGAAAAGGGUUGGUUAAAGCAAGUGUUACUGUGGGGUUUGCUGGUUUGAAGUGUUUUGCAGUAACCAGCAGCGGCUCUGGCUGCUGCGGUGGGUGUUGCCAUAUUUUUAUGGCGAGCUAUUGUAUGACUGAUCUCCCUGCUGCUUGUUGAAGGACGAUGGAAGGCACCGCUUCGAAGCACAGCAGAAGUGAUGCUUUGGGCAAUUAAAAACACUUCUUACAACCAUA